AUGGGUGAUCCCGCUUUGUCAGCAGGUGAUUUUGUGAAGACUGAAGAUGAGAACUUUGAUCUUCAUGAUAUUUGUGAGCAUUUCACCAAGUACAACACCGAGUCCAACUCACGCGUCUUCUACCCAAACUAUUUUGGAGGACUUCUCAAUGAAAGGUAUCUGGUCAGGCACAAACUCGGUUUUGGCGGUGGUUUUACUGUCGGGAUGGCUCAUGACCGCCAUGAUAAUGUGCCAUGA